AUGAACAGUUCGCAGAAUGUUUACUCUCGAGGACGAGGACGCAAUCGAAAUGACCACAUUGCAUCUGCCACGUCAUGGAAUUCAGAAAACACUACUAAUCGUCAGACGAAAAAUAAAGUUUCAGAUGAUGAAGAAGGCGGUUAUGCUGUCAAUUUGCGACUAUCAGCUGUUACACACGGUGUCGUUUGUCAUGUAAAUGAUCCCUAUCAUACAUAUACGCUGAAGGGCUAUCACACGUUCAACCACUACUUCAAAUUAUUAGAUCCCAUACACGGUGGUACAUUUCCAGACGUUUGGAGUGGUUAUUAUCACAUAACAUUAGGCAAAUUCAAACUAAACUAUAAACAGAAUUUUGGUACACUACAAGCAAUCGAAAAUGAACUAAGCACAAAGUUGAACGAACUCGAACGAGAGACAAAAAUUAGCAAGUCAUUACCUCAGAUAUUUAGUACUGAUGAACUAUAUAUUCACCCUGGGCAAUAUCGACUAGAUGAUCGAAAAGAUACGAAUUUCGUAGUCUUCAAGGUCACACCAAAAUCUGAUGAUUUCUCCAACAGGUUCAUUUCAAUCAUGAAACAAAUACGGCAAACCGUACUCGAUGUUGGAGGGGAAUGGGAAAGAGCAAAAACGAUCGAAGAUUAUGUUCGCCAACUACAUGUUACUAUACGAAAGUAUCCGACGUCCGAUUUCACCGCCGAUCCCUAUUGGACACAGCAGCAGAUACUUGCUAAUGCUGGUGUUUUGAGAAGACUUGUUCAUGAUAACCCACUAGAGUUCGAAUGUCAAGCACUCGAUGUCUGUCAAUCUCGCCGACAGGGAAUUGCACGCCGACAGAACGAUCUGAAUUAUCAGUGGUGGUCAGGAGUGACAGAGAUAACCAAAUUCAGUGGAAAAUGUACGGGCUGCAAUUUCGUAAAUAGCAACAGAAAAUGGGACGGUUGGUGUUCGAAUUGCGGCGAAUAUGAAGUGAAUAAACCUGUUUGGUCAACAGAUGAAAUAUCCGUAUCUCCACCGAUUGACUCGAUGUUGUCCGCACUAGUAACUGCCCCCGUUACGAUUGCGAAGCCAGGAAGAGUCACGAAAAUGUUGUCGCUGGAUUUUAUUGUACCUGUUGAUAAUGAAAGUGAACCGCUGGACGAAGAUUUGACUGAUACAAUUUGCAGUAUAGAAGAGCACCUAUCUCUCCAAUAA